AUGGGCCUCGAAGAGACGCUGUUUGUUGGGCGUGACGUGACGUCACAGAUCGCGCGCACCAACCAGAGGCCAGAUGUGGAGCUGUGCGAGCCGCUGCUACGAGACCCUCCAGACACAGUGUGGAGCUGUGCGAGCCGCUGCUACGAGACCCUCCAGAUACAGGCACGGGUCGCUAGCCCGCACGAGCUUGUGAGCAAGUGUCUAGUAAGUCUCGGGUGUGGCGUGCAGUGUGAAGCUGUGCGAGCCGCUGCUACGAGACCCUCCAGACACAGGCACGGGUCGCUAGCCCGCACGAGCUUUGUGGAGCUGUGCGAGCCGCUGCUACGAGACCCUCCAGACACAGUGUGGAGCUGUGCGAGCCGCUGCUACGAGACCCUCCAGACACAGGCACGGGUCGCUAGCCCGCACGUGCUUGUGAGCAAGUGUCUAGUAAGUCUCGGGUGUGGCGUGCAGUGUGAAGCUGUGCGAGCCGCUGCUACGAGACCCUCCAGACACAGGCACGGGUCGCUAGCCCACACGUGCUUUGUGGAGCUGUGCGAGCCGCUGCUACGAGACCCUCCAGACACAGUGUGGAGCUGUGCGAGCCGCUGCUACGAGACCCUCCAGACACAGGCACGGGUCGCUAGCCCGCACGAGCUUCUCUUCAGGACUGGGUGUGGCACACUUGCCUCGACUUACUACGUACCCUCGCAGCAAGAAACUGGCCAGAAUCAUCAGCUCUCGCGUGCACGGCCAAUCAAGGGACUGCUCAUCUGUCAUUGGUCGCGCAAGGAGAGAGAAUCGAAGGUCCGAGGCGCGAGGCGACUGCUUCCUCGCCCUGUAGAGCCUGGGCAACCAGCUGCAGCGACGCCCCUCCCCGCUGCUGCUGUACUGCCACAGCAUCAUCCCUAUCUGCUGCCUGUGCAUCUUGUCCCGGCAGCUCCUCUCCGUCAUGGACCUGCACUUCUCAGCUACGUCCCUCAAGGUAACGUGCAGCUGAGCGCGGUCACUCAAGUACCAGUGCAGCUGAGCACUGUCACUCAAGUACCAGUGCAGCUGAGCACGGUCACCCAACUACCGGUUCAGCUGAGUGCUGUCACCCAAGUACCAGUGCAGCUUACCGCGGUCACUCAAGUACCAGUGCAGCUGAACCCGGUCACCCAAGUACCAGUGCAGCUGAACCCGGUAACUCAAGUACCAGUGCAGCUUAGCACGGUCACCCAAGUACCAGUGCAGCUGAACCCGGUCACUCACGUACCAGUGCAGCUUAGACCGGUCACUCAAGUACCAGUGCCGCUGAGCGAGAUCAUACAAGUACCCGUGAUGCCAACCAACCUCCCUCGUGGACCUUUAUUGCUGAGCGAGAUCCCUCACGGAUCUUGGCUCCUGAACCAGUUACCUCAUGGAGAAAUACUGGUGAGCGAGAUUCCUCACGGAUCUUUUCUGCUGAGUGGGGUCAUUCGCGGACCUGUUGUGGUGAACGAAGUACCACAAGGACCCUUGCGGCCGAACGAGGUCCCUCACGGAUCUAUUGUGGCGAACGAAGUACAACAAGGACCCUUGCCACUGAACGAGGUCCAUCGCGGACCUGUUGUGGGGAACGAAGUACAACAAGGACCCUUGCUGCUGAAUGAGGUCCCUCAGAGAACUGUGGUGGCGAACGAAGUACAACAAGGACCCUUGCCGCUAAACGAGGUCCCUCACGGACCUGUUGUGGCGAACGAAGUACAACAAGGACCCUUGCCACUGAACGAGGUCCAUCACAGACCUGUUGUGGCGAACGAAGUACAACAUGGACCCUUGCGGCUGAACGAGGUCCAUCACAGACCUGUUGCGGCGAACGAAGUACAACAAGAACCCUUGCCACUGAACGAGGCUCCUCGCGUACAUGUUUGGAUGAACGAAUUACAACGAGGGCCCUUGCCGCUGAACGAGGUCCAUCACAGACCUGUUGUGGGGAACGAAGUACAUCAAGGACCCUUGCUGCUGAAUGAGGUCCCUCAGAGACUUGUGGCGAACGAAGUACAACAAGAACCCUUGCCACUGAACGAGGCCCCUCCCGUAAAUGUUUGGAUGAACGAAUUACAACGAGGGCCCUUGCCGCUGAACGAGGUCCAUCGCAGACCUGUUGUGGGGAACGAAGUACAACAAGGACCCUUGCCGCUGAACGAGGUCCCUCACGGACCUUUUGUGGGGAACGAAGUACAACAAGGACCCUUUAAGCUGAAUGAGGUCCAUCACAGACCUGUUCUGGUGAACGAAGUACAACAAGGACCCUUGCCGCUGAACGAUGUUCCUCACGGACCUUUUGUGGGGAACGAAGUACAACAAGGACCCUUGCAGCUGAAUGAGGUCCAUCACAGACCUGUUCUGGUGAACGAAGUACAACAAGGACCCGUGCCGUUGAACGACGUCUCUCGCAGCCCUGUUGUGGAGAAUGAAGUCCAUCAAGGACCUGCGCUGCCGAGAGAUAUCCCACGUGGACUUGUGACGCUGAAGGAGAUCCCUCGCGGAUCUUUGAUCCUGUGCCAGUUACCUCACGGACUUUCGCUGCUGAACGAGAUACCUCAGGGAUCUUUUCUGCUGCGCGAGCUCCCUUGCGGAUCGGUUGUGCAGAACGAGGGCAACCAAGGGCCUGUGUUGCUGAACGAGGUCUCUGAAGGACCUGUGCAUCUGAACGAGGUCGCUCAUGGUUUAGUCUAUCUGAGUGAGGUCCCUGAAGGGUCUUUGCUUGUGAGGCAAGUAUCUGAUGGAUCUGAGUUGCUGAGUGAGAUCCCUCAUGGGUCUUUGAUGCUGAACGAGGUCCCUCGUGGACCUGUGCAGCCUAGUGGGAUACCUCAUAGACUUGUGACGCUGAGCGAAGUCCCUCGCGGGUCGUUUUACGUGAACCAAUUACCUAAUGGAACUGUUAUGUUGAGCGAGAUCCCAAAUGGAUCUUUGUUGCUAAACUAUAUCCCCCAAGGACCUCUGCUCUAAAUGCAGCCCCUUUUUGACCUGUGCUCUCGAGGGAGGUCCAGGCUGCUUCAUCCAGUUAUAUCGCCAUCGUUUCUUAACAAUAUCUUCCUUGUAACUAUAGCACUACAGAGACACUUUUUCCUGCACUAUCGCAGGCACUUUUGUACUAGAUAAAAAUACUUUUUGUCAAUCUU